AACAUGUGAGGUUUAAAGGAAAGAAGGAUGGAGGGAUUAGGAGACGAGUAUAAAAGACACAGACAUCAUCCCCCCUCCCACAUUAAUACACACACUGCUGCUCUCCACACACUCACUGAGACGUCCCAGAGGAACACCUCGGACAGCUGACACACGGCCGAUCCGGGAUGAAUUCGGCACCUGCAAGCAGUGCCCUGGCGGCUCCAGCAGGCGGAGCUGGACCCACCACCCCAAAAAAGGGCCCGCCCAAAUUCAAACAGAGGCAAACCCGUACAUUCAAGAGCAAAGCCCCUAAACCCGGACAGAAAGGGUUUGGUGAUGACAUUCCUGGAAUGGAGGGUCUUGGCACAGAUUUCACAGUCGUGUGUCCCUGGGAGGCGUUUGGAGACAUGGAGCUCAGCGACCUGGCCAAAUACGGCAUAAUUUAAACUCCGCCUCCUUUUCUUCACGCCUUUGACUACUCCCCAUUGUACCAGACUCCGCCCAUUCAGUCCUCCCCCGUCACUGUCGUGCGGUUACACCAUGCUGCGUGUGUGUGUGCCAUUAUAAGGGACUGAUAUCAGUGCACGCACAUUAACAUAUUAUUGUUUUUAAUAUUAUUAAUAUUAUUAUUAUUAUAUAAUAUUUUAUACUGACUUCUCUAUCCGUUGCGAUAAGACGAUUCCUUCCUUCCUGUCCCCACCCCCCUAUAAUCUAUCCUACCUCGACUCCAUUCAUCAUAGCCAUGAUAGUAACUGAUAAUCAGCAUCGCCCCCUAGUGGCAGUGUGUGUUCAGUUUUGCUCGUGUUGUGUGAAUGAGGUGUAAAUAUUGAGUAUUAAUGAAAACAGUAAUGCAUUAAAAUAAAGUGUAAACUGCCAACAGGCUGAAAUGUGUUCAUGCACAUCAUAAACCUGUAAACACCCCGUAAACCCCCCGUAAACCCCCACCACUCCUCUAUCCGGUCCCAUAAAACCUGUCCUCCAAUCACAUUCCUCACAAUAAUGUAAACGACCAUUUGUCGUUUUAAGGGUAGAAUUCAGUUUACAUUUUCAAUAAUGUUUGUUUUUGUUUUUAUUAUGAAAUAUGAUGUUAUUAAUACAGUAUAAAACUGUAAACAAUAAACCAAUCUAAACAAA